AAAAAGCUUGUAAUCCGUGUGACAGACGUAAGCCUCUUCCAGAAGGCCAUCUGUGAGUAUCUGAGUGAUCCACUACAAGUAUUCGUUCACGCCCGCCGCGGCACGUACCCCCCAGCAGCCUGCUGCUCGGCGUCGGCGGGGCGGUGCUGCGGCUGUGCUAGCUGGUGCUGUGCUGUGCUGUGUUGCAGUGCUCCGCCGCCGCCCCCGCUACGCCCGGCACCUGCCCGGAUACAAAAGAGGUGUGGAGGUGCAGGACUGGCAAGUCGACCAGGAUCAAACCACCUAAACUUUGACAAGUGUGCUGGCAGGAGGCUGCAGGGCUGGACAGCAGGUGUGCUGGCAGGAGGCUGCAGGGCUGGACAGCAGGUGUGCUGGCAGGAGGCUGCAGGGCUGGACAGCAGGUGUGCUGGCAGGAGGCUGCAGGGCUGGACAGCAGGUGUGCUGGCAGGAGGCUGCAGGGCUGGACAGCAGGUGUGCCAGCAGGAGGCUGCAGGGCUGGACAGCAGCAUGAGUGGCCAGGACAAGCAGGAGCAGACUGCUGCAGGGGGCAGGAGGGUCAGUGGUCAUCAGAUGAAGCAGCUGUCUACUGGCACCUCCAGCAACAAAGGAGAGAGGAAGUUUGUGUGUCUGGAGUGUGGAAAAGAAUUCACCACAAGGGGAGGCCUCAGAUAUCACACCUUUACACACACUGGUGUGAAGAACUAUGAAUGUAAGGAAUGUGGGAAAACAUUUAUUAGUAAGAGUCAACUUGAUACACACACCUUUACACACACUGGUGUGAAAAACUAUGAAUGUAAGGAAUGUGGGAAAAAUUUCGUUAGGAAGAGUACCCUUGAUAUACACACCCUUAGACACACUGGUGUGAAGAACUUUGAAUGUAAAGAAUGUGGGAAAAAAUUCAUCCAGAAGUGUAUCCUUGAUACACACACCCUUACACACACUGGUGUGAAGAACUAUGAAUGUAAGGAAUGUGGGAAAAAGUUCAGCCUGAAGAGUAACCUUGAAGCACACACCCUUACACACACUGGUGUAAAGAACUUUGAAUGUAAGAAAUGUGGGAAAAAAUUCAUUAGGAAGAGUCACCUUGAUACACACACCCUUACACACACUGGUGUCAAGAACUAUGAAUGUAAGGAAUGUGGGAAAAAAUUCAUCCAGAAGGUUCACCUUGAUUUACACACCCUUACACACACUGGUGUUAAGAACUAUGAGUGUAAGGAAUGUGGGGAACGAUGCACCACAAAACAGGGUCUUAAAUAUCACAGCCUUAUGCACACUGGUGUAAAAAACUAUGAAUGUAAGGAAUGUGGGAAAAAGUUCAUCAUAAAGUUUCACCUUGAUAGACACACUCUUACACACACUGGUGUAAAGAACUAUGAAUGUCAAGAGUGUGGAAAAAAGUUUGGACGCAAGAGUAACCUUAAAAGCCACAGCCGUACCCACACUGGUGUAAGAAACUAUGAAUCCCAAGAAUGUGGGGAUGAAUUUAUCCAGAAGAGUCAGCUUGCUACACACACCCUUACACACUCGGGUGUAAAGAGUCAUGAGUGUGAAGAGUGCGGGAAGAGAUUCAGUAUGGCUUCAUACCUUAACCGACACUUGUACAAGCAUAUAUACGACCAUAGAGAGUUGAAGUGCGAUGUUUGUGGUCAGUUCUUCAAGACAAAGCCUGAAAUUAGAAGACACAUGAAGACCCACUUCAGGGAUGUGUCUUCCUAAGCUGUGAUCUUGUAAUGUCUCACGGCUCUUCUCCCCGGCACUGGGUCACCCUCCAUGUAUUACUGUGUCUGUCCUCUCCAUCUGGCCGUCACCCUAGUGCCCAGUGACCGUCUUGGCUCAUUAUUUACUAUUUUUCCAUUUUUCCAUGCUCGCUCCUCCAUCCCCACCACUGUCACAUCCCAUCAAGUGUCCUUGCAGAUUCACGGCUCCUCCUUAGAGAGUAACACUUCCCAUUAC